GCUGUCCUCGCCGCGUGCACGCGCGUGGUACCCACGGUCGUGAGGAGGAGGAGGAUGUUGCGCGCGAAGGGGAAAUGGCUGCCGAAAACAAGCCGGAAGGACUGAAGAAAAUUCGUAAUCCGGAUCGAAUGUACAGAUCAGCUGUGUGUUAUGCCGGCCAUGCUCCUCCUAAGAGUAUCAGUGAUGACACAGAGAUGAACAAUGAACAUGGACAUUUGAAAAUAUACCUGCCCAAAAAGCUGCUUGAAUGUCUACCAAAAUGCUCGUCGCUGCCAAAGGAGAGACACAGAUGGAACACCAAUGAGGAAAUCGCAGCUUACUUGAUAACGUUUGAAAAGCAUGAGGAAUGGCUAACGACGUCCCCUAAAACAAGGCCACAGAAUGGUUCAAUGAUCUUGUACAACAGGAAGAAGGUGAAGUACAGAAAGGAUGGCUACUGCUGGAAGAAGAGGAAAGAUGGGAAGACCACGCGGGAGGAUCACAUGAAGCUCAAAGUCCAAGGAGUGGAGUGUCUGUAUGGCUGUUACGUCCACUCCUCCAUCAUCCCCACGUUCCACCGCAGGUGCUACUGGCUGCUCCAGAACCCUGACAUCGUGCUCGUCCACUACUUGAAUGUGCCGGCCAUAGAGGACUGUGGGAAACCAUGCGGGCCAAUCCUGUGCUCCAUCAACACAGACAAGAAGGAAUGGGCCAAGUGGACCAAGGAGGAGCUGAUUGGCCAGCUCAAGCCCAUGUUUCAUGGCAUCAAGUGGACUUGUAGCAACGGGAACAGCAGCUCUGGCUUCUCAGUGGAGCAGCUGGUGCAGCAGAUUCUGGACAGCCACCAAACCAAGCCACCUCCCCGGACCCACAACUGCCUCUGCACGGGCACCCUGGGCGCAGGGAGCAGCGUGCAUCACAAGUGCAACAGCGCCAAACACCGCAUCAUCUCCCCCAAGGUGGACCCCCGUGGAGGCUACAGCAGUGGUCACUCUGAGGUCCAGAACAACGACGUGUCUGAGGGCAAGACCGAGCACAGCAGCCAUGGAGGAGGGGGAGGAGCAGGGAAGAGCUCAGGGGGAGGAGGGGGUAGCGCCAGAGAGAAACGCAACGGCAAGGUCCACAAGCCUGUUCUCCUGCACCAGAACAGCACAGAGGUGUCCUCUACCAACCAGGUGGAGGUCCCAGACACCACCCAGAACUCCCCUGUGUCCAUCAGCAGUGGCCUGAACAGCGACCCAGACAUGGCUGACAGUCCCGUGGUGACGGGCUUGGGCCACGUAGCCGCCGUUAUGUCCCAGAGUGUCUUCAUGUCCGAGGUGACCGGAGACCCCGUCUACAGCAUGUCCCCCACAGGGGGCCCCAACACACACCUCAUUGGCCCCGAUGCAGCCUCCCAGGGCCUGGUGCUGUCCGGUGUUGUGGCAGACAGCCACAAGUUUGCCUUCCCCAGCGGAGGAGCUAGGGAGGUUCCCGGGUUGGCGGGGGGAGCAGACGGGCUGUCCAUGCUGUCUGCAGCCGGGGUGUCUGAAGAGCUGGUCCUAUCCAGCAGUCUGGAUAACGGAGGCAUGAAGAUACCUGAGACCACCAUGAACUUCGACCCUGACUGCUUUCUCAACAACCCCAAGCAGGGCCAAACCUAUGGGGGCAGCAGGCUGAAGGGGGACGGCAGCUCCUCCUCCUCCUCCUCUUCCUCCAACGGCACCAAUAGCAGCAUGCAGCGCUCUCCCUCCAUGUCAGACUCUGGAUACAGCUUCAACUCUGCUCUGGUGAAGAACAUUAAGACAGAAGACAUGUCCUUUGAGCAGCAGCUGGCCACCGAGCAGGGAUACCAGGUGGGGGUGGUGGUGAGCUGUGGAGGAGGUGUGUCUUGUUCCUCUGGGGCAGGUUCAGCACAGGGCACCCUCGGCCUGACCCCUGCAGGGUCUCUGCUGCCCUCUGGAGGAGGCCUGAGCCCCAGCACCACCCUGGAGCAGAUGGACUUCAGUGCCAUCGAUGCCAAGCAGGACUACUCGUCCGGGGCUGGGUCAGUGAGCUAUGGCCAGACUAUGAACAGCCCCCACCUCUCCCACCAGAGCCACUCGCCCAGCUUCUUCCUCCAGGACAACCAGCAGCCCGGCCAGGCCCAACAGGGAAGGUCCUCCAUGGCCCAGAAGACUCAUCUGAUGGAGCACAACUCCCACGACUCCACAGCCUACAUGAGCCUGCAGGUGGUCAAGACGGACUCCCCUGGCAGCAACGGCCAUCUCCACCACCACCAGAGCCACCAGGGCCAGCAUAGGGCCAACUGCAACGGGGGCUCCCCCACCGAGGGGCCAGGGCAGGGGCCUGGGUCUCUCCAGCUCCUGCAGUACCAGGGGGGCUUCCCUGGGCUGGGGCCGGAGCAUGAGGAGGUGGUGGGUCUGGAGCAGCCAGGCAGCGUGAGCUCAGGACAGGCCGGGGGAACAGAGAACGGAGAGGGUCUACUGAAGCCUGGGGAUCACCUGCAGGCCUGUGGAGGAGGCAACCAAGAGGGAGGAGGUGCAGAGCACUACCUGCAGCAGGCCAAUGACGGAGGAGGAAGUCAGGGAGGUGGAGGGAAAGGAGUGGCCAUGCACAAUGGAAAUGGCGUCAACAAUGACGGCAGCAACCGCUCCCAGCAACAGCAGCAGCUGCAGCCCCUCCUCCAGGGGGCUGGGAUGGUCCAGGGCCUCUACAACACCGUGGGCCACCACCAGGGCCUGGGCGGAGCGGGCUCCAAUGGGGUAGCAGGAGGGGGAGGCAUGGAGAUCAGCCUAGACCACUUUGACAUCUCCUUCGGGAACCAGUUCUCUGACCUUAUAAAUGACUUCAUCUCUGUGGACGGUAGUGGAGCCAACAUGACGGCCGGAGGAGCCCUCUACACCCACCAGCUGGUGGGCAACCACGGCUCAGAUGGCCAGGCCACACCUAGCGGAGCUCCUCAGCAGAACCAGGAGGACGGAGGGGUAGGAGGGGCCCGGGGGACAGGAUACAGCCCCUCAGAGCUUUGUCUCCAGCCCUGCUGCAGCCCCCAGUCCCUUGGUGGAGGGGCCGGGGCCGGGGGUGCAGGGGUGGAGCCAGGCUCCCUGGCCUACAUGCAUGUUGCGGAGGUUGUGUCUGCAGCCGUGGCCCAGGGGGCUUUGGGUAUGCUGCAGGCCACUGGGAGACUCUUCAUCGUCACUGACUACUCCCCUGAGUGGUCCUACCCUGAGGGAGGAGUGAAGGUGCUUAUCACUGGUCCAUGGCAGGAGGCCAGCUCUAACUACACCUGCCUGUUUGACCAGGUCGCUGUCCCUGCCUCUCUCAUCCAGCCUGGGGUGCUGCGCUGCUACUGCCCAGCUCAUGACACUGGGCUGGUGACGCUGCAGGUGACUGCCAGUAACCAGAUCAUCUCUAACUCAGUGGUAUUUGAGUAUAAGGCCCGCGUCCUGCCCUCACUGCCUUCCUCACAACACGACUGGCUCUCACUGGACGAUAACCAGUUCAGAAUGUCCAUCCUGGAGCGCCUGGAGCAGAUGGAGAGACGGAUGGCAGAGAUGGCCUCCCAUCAUCAGCAGAGCAGUGGAGGAGGUGCAGGGGCAGGAGGAGGAGCAGGAGGUGGAGGAGGAGGAGGAAGUAGUGGUGGUAACAACAGCCAGACACAGUGUGUGUCAGGGCAGGGUCAGGCUGGCAGCAGCUUUGAGAGCCGUGUGGUGGUGGUGUGUGAGAAGAUGAUGAACCGGGCCUGCUGGGCCAAGUCCAAACACCUGAUCCACUCCAAGACCUUCAGGGGCAUGACCCUGCUUCACCUGGCCGCUGGGCAGGGCUACGCCACCCUCAUCCAGACACUCAUCAAGUGGCGCACCAAGCAUGCAGACAGCAUUGACCUGGAGCUGGAGGUGGACCCUCUCAAUGUGGACCACUUCUCCUGCACCCCUCUGAUGUGGGCGUGUGCCCUGGGUCACCUGGAAGCUGCAGUGGUCCUUUAUAAGUGGGACCGACGGGCCCUGGCCAUCCCUGACUCGCUGGGACGCCUGCCCCUGUCCAUCGCCCGCUCCCGCGGCCACACCAAGCUGGCCGAGUGUCUGGAGCAGCUGCAGAGAGAGGAACAGCAGGCCCCUGCACCUCUUCCCCCCAACACACGCAUGUCCUUCUCCCCAACCCCCCACGACGCUCCCACCUCAGACAGCUGGAUGGUCACAUGGGCCAGCGACGGCGUGAUUGCGCCCGGUGGAAAGAAAGGCGGCGCCGCCACCACCAGCAGCACCUCCACCACCACCACCUCCACCAACCUCAACCCAGACUUGAGAAGGCCGAGAUCCGAGCCCUCCAACUACUACAGCAGUGAGUGCCAGCGAGACCUUCCCUUGGCCAAGAAACACAAGCCCAACCCGGAGCUAUUCCAGGCCAGGCCCGACAAGGCCAUGUCUGUCCCGCUGAGCCUGGAGCAACAGCAGCUCCACAAGCUGUCCUUCAGCCCCAAGAGCCUGUCCCCUGAGGGCCUCAGCCCAGACAAAAGUCUCUCCAGUGGGGGAAGCUCUGGAGGUUCCGGGGGAGCCAAGUGGAGCUCUAGGGAGGGUUUCUCCAGCAGGGGCUUAGGCAGAAAGGGUUCAGGGGACUCUGGAGGCAGCAGCCUAGGGAAGGAGAAGCUGGCUAGCAGGCUGAGACAGAGGGAACAGCUGGGGAACAUGCUGGUGAUGGCUGAGAGAGAGAUGGUGGACACUGAGCUGUUUUCCUACAGAGAAGACCUGGAGAACCAGGACUGUAUGACGCAGAUGGACGACCUGCAGGACAACAUGAUGACUCUGGCAGAGCACAUCAUUGAGGCGACCCCAGAGAGGAUCAAGAGGGAGAACUUUGUGGCCCUGGACGGGGUGCCCCUGGACAGUACUGGGGUCAGCAACACCAUGAGCUGGUUGGCCAGUUACCUCGGAGACGUGGAGCAGCUUCCCAGCAUCAUACAGCUACGAUCUCUGUACAGUGAGCCUCUGACUCCAUCCUCCAAUCCCAGCCUCAGCCCAGGGGGGUCUCCCCUGAGGGAGGGGCCCAUGGAGAGGCCUACCCUGCCCUCCCCGGCCGACUGGAGCGAGUUCAUCCAGGCCUCUAACAACAAGGUGGAGAGAGACUUGGCCCAGCUCACCCUGUCCGACCCCGAGCAGAGGGAGCUGUACGAGGCCGCCCGUCUCGUCCAAACUGCCUUCCGCAAGUACAAGGGACGCCCAUUCAGAGAGCAACAGGAAGUAGCUGCGGCAGUCAUUCAGCGUUGUUACAAGAAAUACAAACAGCUAACAUGGAUAGCCUUGAAGUAUGCACUUUAUAAGAAGAUGACGCAGGCCGCCAUUCUUAUCCAGAGUAAGUUCCGCAGCUACCACGAGCAGAAGAAGUUCCAGCAGAGCAGACGGGCGGCCGUGCUGAUCCAGCAAUACUACCGCAGCUACAAGGAAUAUGGCAGGCUCAGGCUACACCGGCAAGGAGCCGCCGCUGCCCUGGUGCAACACAAACUCAGAAGUAGUCUGCUCACUAAGAGGCAGGAUCAGGCUGCCAGGAAGAUCAUGAGGUUUCUACGCCGCUGCCGCCACAGCCCCUUGAUGGACCAUAGACUGUUCAAGCGGAGUGAAGGAAUUGAAAAGGGCCAAGGAACAUGAGAACCCUCAGAAGAGCCCCCUCACAAUGUGACAUCACUCUCCUCCUGACUCUUCCUGUUUUCUUUGUCCCUUUAUACCCAAGACAUUUUACAAGAGAAGAAGAAAAAAAAACAAUUCAGUGAAAACACUGCGAUUAUUAUUACUACUACUACGGCAGCGUGGCUGACUCUACUUCUACUUCUAACAACAGCAUUUUUCACGUUUAUCUUUUCCCUCUGACGUUGUUUAUGUUGGAGAGUGUAGAAUUAUAAACUAAGGGGAAGAAGCUGUGGGGGGCAGAACAUUUGCUUCAUGGCAUUUUUUGCACUUUUUCAUGGAUUGUUUUAUCUUUUUGGGAGUAUCGGAAUAUAGGUUUAAGACGGUAAAGGAAGAGGAAUGCUGGACAUGUCUGAAAAGGUCCCUGUGGAUCAAAGGAAGAGGAUAAGACGCCAAGAUUGGAGGCAGAUGCCGGCCAGAACAUAAGGAAACAUGACAGAAGCAGAAACACAUUUGGGACUUGGCUCUAAUUGUAUUUCAUAUUUUUUUAAGUGACUGAUUAUUCCAUUUGAAGAAGAAAAAAAUGUAACUUAAUAAACCAAAAAAUCUCGGUAAUACAUUGAUCCAUUUGCACACAUACACUCCCUGUCGACAGUUAGAUGAAUACAUUCAGUAUGGUAACUCAAAAUAGAUCAAAAUUCCCCUUCCUGUUACGCUGUGCUCUACCCCGCCAGUCAGUCCAAAGGGGUGGGGUUACAUAUGAAUGUAGGAGGGGUGUGAGCAGAAAUGGGUGGGGCUUAUUAAAACAAUGGCUUAUUUUGUUAUCUAGGUUUGGAGGGGUUAUGGUAAGGCAAGGGAUAGAGGGAUUCAAUGGAAUUACAAUUCUUAUUAUUUUUUUAUAUUAUUAUUUUAUUCUCUUUUCUAUUCCUCUUUGCUUGAAUCUGUUUUGUGCUCAUGUCCAUGACCGAUUUACAACUGACUUGUCUCUUCAAAAUUCUGUGUUGUCGAUUUUAUCAAAUAUGCAUGCCUAUGGGUGAAAGUCUUCACCUGCGUGCUGGAAGUUAGGUCUGUAUUCUCUGAAUUUCAAUGUUUUGCUUUUGUCUUCAUGUUCAAAUGCAACUGAGUGGCCCAUGUACCAACCUAUUCUCCCAAGAAUCAUACCCUCUAGUUCCUGAGAUUAUACCUGCAUCGUCCUCAUCUUUUCUUUUCUGUUGCCUUAUUUCAUUUGUUUACUCAGUAUUCUAAAAAGAAAGAAAACUUGCCUCUUUUGUGUUGUAAUGAUAACAGUCAUGAAGGUUAUUGUUGUUCUUUUUAAAUGAACUUCAGGGCCUGUGAGGGCUUUUGAGGGGAAGAUCACAUACAUUGCCUUGACGUCUUAGAGAUUCUUUGAGGGGUCCCUAAGCUAGUCCCAAAAUAGGGGUUAGACAAAUCCAUAUUUUUGACAAUUGAGCAGUUUCUGUAUAUAAAGAAGGCUGAAGGUAGGGAAAAACAUUUACCCAAAGGGGAUUGUAUUUUAGAAAUAUAUUAUUUUAUUCAUUAAAAAGGGGUCAAAAACAGGUAUGAGACAAAAACAGAAUAUUUGUAUAGUUUUGUUUGAAUGCCUAAGAAGUAUUGUUUGUAUAUAGUGUAAAUACCUGGGAUAAAAAUGAGCUAUGUGCAUGAAAAACAUGAACAAAGGUUAACAAAAAAACUCAACAAAAGCAGUAGUGGCUAUGCUCUGUAAAAUUAUUAAAAGUAUUUCUCUAUAAGAGUAUUUUAUUUUAUUUUGAUUGUUCUUGGGAAAAACAUUUUGCGAAAGCAUGACAUUAUUGUAAAUGCUAAAAACUUUAAAAAAGAUAACGUAUUUAGAGUUAGGAGAAAUCUGCAAAAUUAUCUUAAGACAAGUAUGUUUAUGUUUACAUUUUUCUUUUGGGCUACCAAGAAUCUUUUGCCAAUGGUGCCAAGUAAUGUGAAUGCUAUGUUGCUUAACAAGAGAAUGAAGUUAAUCUUAGCAGAACAGAUAAUCAUACAAUGAAAUAGACACUAGCAUUAAAGACCACAAGGUCCCAUCCCGACUGGCAGAGGAUCACAGAUAGAGAUACACAUUGCAGAGGGAGAAAUAUUUCUACAGCAACUUUUCAGUCUCUCAUUUCUCUUCUGUUAUCACAUGUCAGAACAACCCAAGCUUUUUUGCCAUCAUCACCAAAUACACAGCGAUCCCUCGUCAGUAACAUUUUAAGUGCAAAAAAGCCUACUGUAUGAGAAAGAGGGAUUGUGUUGUCAGUGUGCAUGUUUGUAUGGAUUGUGUUCAUAUAAAGAUUGUAAAUGGCAGCCUUGUCCAUGUGAAUCUCAGCCCUGUUGUUUUUAUUUUUUAUAAUUGAGGUUGAUUUAACAUUUCUUUAAUAGGUAGCCUAGUGGUUAGUUCGUUGGGCCAGUAACCGAAAGGUUGCUAGAAUAAAUCCCCGAGCUGACAAGGUAAAAUUCUGUCGUUCUGCCCUGAACAAGGCAGUUAACCCACUGUUCCUAGGCCAUCAUUGUAAAUAAGAAUUUGUUCUUAACUGACUUGCCUAGUUAAAUAAAGGUUAAAUAAAAAAAUAUAUAUAUAUAUAUAUAUUAAAUCAUCAUUUAUUUAAUAGGACAACGCACAGGUGAUGAAAUCAUCAAGCUUUGAUUAUUAAAUCCUAAUUUGUUUAAUAGGACAACGCACAGGUGAUGAAAUCAUUUAGCUUUGAUUAUUAAAUCAUUGAGCUUUGAUUAUUAAAUCAUUGAGCUUUGAUUAUUAAAUCAUUGAGCUUUGAUUAUUAAAUCAUUGAGCUUUGAUUAUUAAAUCAUUGAGCUUUGAUUAUUAUAUCAUUGAGCUUUGAUUAUUAAAUCAUUGAGCUUUGAUUAUUAAAUCAUUGAGCUUUGAUUAUUAAAUCAUUGAGCUUUGAUUAUUAAAUCAUUGAGCUUUGAUUAUUAUAUCAUUGAGCUUUGGACCGAGUUUGGGAAACCCUGAAAUAGACUAGAUCAACGUAUCAAACUGCUGACACAAGACAAUUCUUUUUCUAAGUAUGGGCUGGAGGCUUAACUUGACUAAGGCUGUCAGGGUCUGGAUAGACCAGAAUUAUUCUUUGUCAAAAUGUAAUGUGGCCACAGUGAACGAGGUACACGUGUAGCGUCUCUCGACUGGUAUUCUUUGUGAAAGUAAAUUGGUAAUUUACUUACAGGAGGAACACUUAUUUAAACAAUCUAAGGUGCUAAAAAGAACUCAAUUAAACAGUGAUGGGACUAUAGUGACACAUAUGAACUAUUAUGGAUCAGCACAGCCAAGUCAAUGAGAAAAAGUUAGGAUCUAUAAAUGUGUAAAUGUUACAAGAUGCACCAAUGUCAUUAUAGCAACUUCUGAAGAAGAAUAUGUCUGGCUCAUAAUGGCAUAUGUGAGGACCGUGUUUGAAAGAUUAUGAAAUGAUAUGUGAGUGGUGGGAACAGAAAUAUUGAUACCAGUUGAUUUGAUCUGUGAAUCCAUGAUAUAUUCUAUCCAAUAGUCUGCUGGUUUUUGCAGUUUUGCUGAAGUAUAUUAUAUUCAUAUCAAAACAACCAGAUGGCGUAUUCUCCAUUCAAGUGAUGACGUUCAUUAUUCAAACAAGGUGUGAAUGCCAUUGGACAAUUAUGUUUUGUUGUUUCAAUUGCUGAAUUUCGUCUCAGACACUGUUCUGAUGUUUUUAUUAUUAUAUACUGCUGGGUUUAUUUCUCUGUAUGUUUGUGUUUAUUUUACAGAGACUUGAUAUGUAAACCUAUUUUCAGAGUGUUUAUGUAGAAAGUGCCUAAUCACAUCCCGAUUGAUGGCACAAAGCCAAUGUCAGGAAGCAUGCAAUGUACUGUACCUAAGGAGAAAAACAUGGCUUUGGAGAGAAAAAGAUCACCUGAAUCCAUAAUUCUUUAGGACUACUGUAUAUCAAGUAUGAUACCAUAUAUCAAUCCAAAAACCAUUACUAAUUUCAGUCAGGUGACAGUGUUCCCUUAAACAACCCAGUACCACCACGGAAUGCAUUCCGUCCGGUCAACAUUCUAAGCAUUUGUAUUUUCUAUUGGAACUGCCUGUUGAAACCAUGAGAAUUCCAUUCCAUAACUUUUGUGGUUUUAUUGCCUUGCAUUCAUCAUUCAGAUAGUGGUAAGAAUGCCAGCUAAUGCACUGCUGUGGCAAUAUGGGAAGGUUUUAUUAUGCUUGCAUGGGUAAAAUAGUUAACUGGGUGACUGAACUGCACCCAAAGCAUGCUUAUUUUUCUAAAAUCGGUAGUCAGAUAGACUUGUAAAAGACUUACUGUUCUGUAAAGCGAAGAACGUUUGUAUGACGUGUCACAGAACUCUGAAAGAUGGAGGGCAGUUGAUUGGAAGGCAGAGGGGAAUCCUAAAAAUACAAACUUUGAUCACUUGGCAGUAUUUACUGACCAUGUUCCUUGGGAUAGCAUGAGGGCAAGUUUUUCUAGAAGAAAGUUUUUUUUAAAUUCAUUUAUUCAUUUGGAUCUAAAAAUAGUGUGCUCCCAACCCAACAGUAUACUGCAAGUCUUUUACUAGGCAACAACACACAGACACACACACACGCAGGCGACAGUGCACUGCACACAUCCAGAUAUGUCAGGGCAUAGUCAGUCUCACUUGUACACAGUUCAGCAGAGAGAGCUCAUCAUGUGUUAUUUUCCUAGCCUGCUCCUAGUCCUAGAGAACAGCUCACCUCCCUUCUGUAUUUUACUCAGGGUGCCAAAAUGGGGAGGAGGAAGUGGAGCAGGACAUUGAUGGUGAUUCAGUGUAGAGAGAGGACACACUAUUGAAAUAGGAUACAGAGCUUUCUGGAUAAAACAGGCAAAUUACUACUGAUCCUGGAUACAUUAUUGGUAUCCAUUUCCUCUCAAGUAAGUAAGGUGAGCUGAGGAGAGACGUAAUGGCACGAUAUCAGAACUAGGGGAUACAAGUAAUUGUAGUAUAGAUAAUUAUAAUUAGGACAAGCUUAUCACAAUUGACAGUAUGGUCAAUUGUUUCUGUCUUGGCUACAGCUCUGACAAAUUAAUUUGUAGGCAUUAUGGGACACUAGGGCUUAAAGUCUUAUGUAAAUGCUUACCUUUCUUUUAUAGACUAUGCUAAUGAGUCUAGUAACACUUCAACCUUUGACCUCCUCUGGCUUGAUGGUUCUCAUUAAAACAAGGAGUUGCUGUGUGAAUCUAUGAUUAUGUCAUAACAUCACACACAGCUUCAAAUAGUCUAUAAAGCUAUUCUCAGUUAUCCAACAUUUCAUCUCAGUUAAGAUAUGGAUGAUGACAUGUUGUAACAUCUCAGUGAGGUCUUCCUGAGCCGUACGUUGGGGUAGUUGAAGAUGAGGUCUUCCUGAGACGUACGUUGGGGUAGUUGAAGAUGAGGUCUUCCUGAGACGUACGUUGGGGUAGUUGAAGAUGAGGUCUUCCUGAGACGUACGUUGGGGUAGUUGAAGAUGAGGUCUACCUGAGACGUACGUUGGGGUAGUUGAAGAUGAGGUCUACCUGAGACGUACGUUGGGGUAGUUGAAGAUGAGGUCUUCCUGAGACGUACAUUGGGGUAGUUGAAGAUGAGGUCUUCCUGAGACGUACGUUGGGGUAGUUGAAGAUGAGGUCUUCCUGAGACGUACGUUGGGGUAGUUGUGAAUGAGGUCUUCCUGAGCCGUACGUUGGGGUAGUUGAAGAUGAGGUCUACCUGAGACGUACGUUGGGGUAGUUGAAGAUGAGCUCUUCCUGAGACGUACGUUGGGGUAGUUGAAGAUGAGGUCAUCCUGAGACGUACGUUGGGGUAGUUGAAGAUGAGGUCUUCCUGAGACGUACGUUGGGGUAGUUGAAGAUGAGGUCUUCCUUAGACGUAAGUUGGAGUAGUUGAAGAUGAGGUCUUCCUGAGACGUACGUUGGGGUAGUUGAAGAUGAGGUCUUCCUGAGACGUACGUUGGGGUAGUUGAAGAUGAGGUCUACCUGAGACGUACGUUGGGGUAGUUGAAGAUGAGGUCUUCCUGAGACGUACGUUGGGGUAGUUGAAGAUGAGGUCUUCCUGAGACGUACGUUGGGGUAGUUGAAGAUGAGGUCUUCCUGAGACGUACGUUGGGGUAGUUGAAGAUGAGGUCUUCCUGAGAUGUACGUUGGGGUAGUUGAAGAUGAGGUCUACCUGAGACGUACAUUGGGGUAGUUGAAGAUGACCAGAUCUUAGAGGGACGGUUUCAGAAAAAGCCCUUCAGGAAUGGCCAUCUUCUGGAUGGUAUGACAGGUUAGCUAUAACAGGCACUUCAUAUGGAUUUUAUUACCUUCAUUACACUCUGCUAAUUGACCUGAGGGACUGGACGGUAUUUCCUCCUCUUCCUUUGUCAAUGCACUCAAACUACUGAAAGGUAGGCACGUCAAGACAACAGAGCAGAAACCAUCUCACAACCUUUUCCACUUGUGGACACAGAGCAAUAAGCAUUCUUUUGUGGAGACCUAUAGACCUAGUGAAGAUAAAAAUGAUUGGACACAUGUAGUCGACGUACUCUUAUGCAAAUGCCAGUAUUGCAAGACAAGCAUUCAGUAGUUUAUGGACAGCAAUUGUAUGGCACCCUUUACCGAACUGCACGUUUUCAUCAAUUCCAAACCAAGAAGAAAAAAAUGGCCCUGCUUUAAUACAAAGUCGUGGGUCCUUGACACUUUGCAUGUGAACUAGUGUUAGAGCUAUUUUCCUCUCCUCUUUAACUGUCUUUCUCUCGGUCUUUCCCUGUUAUGUGACCCUCUCUUUCUUUCCUUCCCCUAUUAUUUCAACCACUCCUUAUUUUCGUUUCCCCUGUUGUGUUUUGCUUUCUCUCCUUUUUCUUCCCCCUCUUUCUUGUUUGUAAGUUUUAUUUUUGUAAUUGUGCAUGUACAAGCGUCACUGACUCGAUGGAUAUGUUUAAAAAAAAAAAGCUGCUGAAGCCAUGCAAAACGUUUUGAAAUGCCCUUAAAAUAUGGAAGAUGUUUUCUGAAUGCUUUAUAUUCUUUCUGCUGUAAAAUAAUAAAAAAAUAAAAAAAUGAAGAA